AUGACAUUAAAAACAAUAUUAUUUUUGACUUUUUUGGUUUUAUUUUUUUCAACUGCUUAUACAAUUGAAAAACCUUGGGUUACAGAGGUAAUUUACAAUGAAACUUCAUUGGUUUUUAAAUAUUUUAAAGAUCAACCUUAUAUUAGCCGUCUUGUAAUGUAUAAAGACCGAGAAACUCAAUAUUUCGACUGUACUCUCAUUAUUGAUGAUCAUAGAUAUUGUGUAUUCCAUUCUGACCUUCCUUUUUCGAGAUUAUGGGGCAGUCUAGAGAGUAUGGUAUGUUCAAGAGAUGUAUCAAGUCCAAAAGUGGAUUGUUUAUCCUAUAGGAUUAUAGAUGUUUCAUAUGUGAAACCAAUAAAUAUUAAUUUUACCAGACUUCCUCCAACAUCAGGGGGAGAUAUUGUUAUUAAUGGUAAUUUUCUAAGAUUCGUUGGAGGUCCUAAUAAACUUUAUAAUAGCAUUUCUCAUAGUAAUCCAUUAGAAGUUAAAGGAGAUUUCUCAUAUCCAUCAUUUAACUGUAAUAGUAUCACUGUUUCAUUUCCCCCAGGUUCCGGACCAUUUGAGGUGUAUUCUAUUGACAGAAUAGGUGGAGAAUAUUUAACUUCUUAUGAACCGCCAAAAAUUUCAAGUUUUAUUCUGGAUCCAUCAAAACAAAUAAUAACAAUUGAUGGUGAUAACUUUUUUACUGAUAGCUCUUUGGUUCAAGUUUAUUUUGAUGAAAUCCUACAACAAAAUAUAAGUAUUACAAUUAGUCAUACACAAAUUCAAGUGAAACACUUUAUUAGAACCGAUCCUGGCCCAAUGUCUACUCGUAUUACUGUAGAUCAAGUUUCGACACAAAAUAAUUAUAUGAUAUAA